UGAUAGCGCUCUUGAACCCGCUGACGCCGUCGCAGAGCUCCGUCGAGCGCAAGGGCCGCCACCGCCUCGCCAAGGUCCGCUACGAGGCCGAGAUGGACGCGCUGCGCCGCCAGCAGUAUGCGCUCACGAUGGAGCUCGAGACGCUUGAGUACGCGCGCAAGCUCCGGUCGAGCAAGUCGGUCUGGGAAGGCUUUGCGCGCCGCCAGGCUCUUGAGCGCCAAGCCGCCGUCUUUGAGAACGCGCAGCUCAAGAAGGUACUGCAGCACCACGCCGACGUCCUCUCGCGGCUGCGCGCGGUCGUCGAGCCGGCGACGAUGUCCUGUCGUAUGGACGACGACCUGGUGCUGGCCCACGUCACGCGCGGCCCGCUCCCGCGCAACUGGUCGAACUCGACGCUGCACGAGCGCCUCGACGCCCAGAAGGCGCUGCUGCCGUCGAUCUUCCGCAAGCACGGUCUCGACUGCCAGCAGGACUCGUGGAAGCAGAUCGUGUCGCGAGUCGAUACCGCGACAGGCGAUAUCGUGCUCGAAAUCUCGACCUGCCUCGUUGUGCACGCGGGCUUUGCCGACGUCGGCGACGCCAUGAGCUGCAUUUACACGCCCAAGCAGCCACUCCACGUCGAGAACCGCUCGAUCGAGAUUCUCGAGAUUGUGGAUGCGUCGAGCCACAUUGGCGAGCACGUGCACUGCGUCGCGUCCGAGACGUUCCGGCGGCGGUUUGCGCGUAAGUGCUCCGCCCUUCACGACCGCAUCGUCUUUGUCGAGCAGACGAUCGAGGCCGACCACGGCGACAGGCCGUACACCGAGACGAAAUACGAAGCGCUCGAGUAUUUACGUCGCGACCGCUGCCACUGGAAGAUGUUUCGCUGCGUGCGCUUGCCCGUACGCGACAUGCUCUGUGUGGAUCUGCAGCAAGAGCUCAUGGCGUCCUUCGCGGCCAGCAUGGACAACGUCAUCGACGCGCUCGAGAGCGUCGUGCAGUCGCUCGCCCGCACGAUAACGCGGGACAAUCACCACGUGCGAUGGCUCCUCUACGAAGGCUAAGGGAGAUAAGCUCUAGUAAAUAAGAGCAUAAAGCAUUUUGGAUUAGGAAC